AUGUCAAACAAAGGAACAGUUGCAGUUACUCUCUCACCAGAGGAGGAACAAAAGAAGUUCUUGGAGGAGGCCACUAAUAAUGUGAUGGUACAGGGUCAUCAUAUGAAGAUCGCCUUGGACAACUCAAAGUUGAUGGACGCUUUGAAGUAUGCCUCCAACAUCAUCAACGAGCUCAGAACAUCGCUUUUGUCACCAAAGUCAUACUAUGCUCUCUACAUGGUCUCCUUUGACUAUCUCCAGCAUCUCAACACCUAUCUCUUUGAAGAGAAGCACGGCAAGAGAAUGAUUGAGCUUUACGAGGUUGUCCAACACGCUGGCAACGUCUUGCCAAGACUUUACCUCUUGAUCACUGUUGGCUCUGUCUACAUCAAGACCAAGCAAGCCCCAGCCAAGGACGUGCUCAAGGACUUGAUUGAGAUGUGCCGUGGUGUGCAGCACCCAACCAGAGGUCUCUUCCUCCGUUACUACCUCAGCGAGGUCACCAAGGACAAGUUGCCAGACGUCGGCGCCGAGUCAUCUGAUGGCUCAGUGAUCGACUCGAUCGACUUUAUCAUCCAGAACUUCACAGAGAUGAACAAGCUCUGGGUCAGAAUGCAGCACCAGGUGCCCGUCAAGGAGAUCAGAGACAAGCGUGAGAACGAGAGACUCGAUCUCCGUGUCUUGGUCGGCAAGAACCUCUCGCGUCUCAGUCAGCUCGAGGGUGUCGACCAGAACGUCUACUCCACCACCGUCUUGCCCAAGGUCGUUGAGCAAGUCAUCAACUGCAAGGAUAGAAUCGCCCAGCAGUACCUUAUGGAGAUCUUGAUCCAAGUGUUCCCAGACGAGUAUCACUUGGCCACUUUGGACACUAUCCUCUCGACCUGUGCCCAACUCCAACCAGGCGUUGAUGUCAAGGCUAUCAUCUCAUCAUUGAUUGAUAGGUUGGCCAACUAUGCCUCGCGCAACACCAUCCCAGAGCACAUUGACAUCUUUGCCGUGUUCUUCAACAACGUCAAGCAGAUCAUCCAGAACAGACCAAACAUGGAGCUGCAAGACAUCCUCGGCCUGCACGUGUCUCUCUUGAACCUGACCCUCAAGUGCUACCCAGAGAAGCGCGACAAUGCCAACGAGGUGCUUGGUCUGUGCCAGAGCAUCCUUGCCAACAAGACCAAGGAGGAGAUCAACAAGCCUACCUGUGUCAAGCAGAUCAUCUCGCUGCUCCAGAUCCCUCUGGAGGUGUUCAAGAACGUGCUGACCGUGUUGAAGUUGACUCACUUCCAGCCAUUGAUCUCGUGUCUGUCGUACAACAACAGAAAGAAGGUGUCGUUGGACAUUGUCAACAACACGAUCAAGAACUCCACCGUGAUCGAGGAGCCCGAGGACGUCAACAGCCUGCUCGAGACCAUCCAGACCUUGAUCAAGGACGAGACCGACCAGCCCGAGAUGGACGAGAUCGACAAGGACGACUUCCAGGAGGAGCAGAACAAGGUGGCCUCGCUCAUCCACCUCUUUGACAGCGAGGACCCCGAGAAGCUGUUCAAGAUCUACAACGUCGCUCGCAGCCACUUUGGCAAGGGUGGUCAGCUCCGCAUCAAGCACACCCUGGUGCCACUCGUGUUCCGUUCGUUGAGAUUCGUCACCAAGUUGAAGAAGCAGGUGGACGACGGCAUCAUCUCGCUCGACGAGAACCAGUGGACCGUCAUUGGCACCAAGAUCUUCACCUUUGUCAUGGAGACCAUCAAGGCUCUCGUCGACAUCAAGUUGGCCGAGCUCUCGUUCCGUCUCUAUUUGCAGGCCGUCCAAACCGCCGAUCGUUGCAACCUGCAAAAGACCACCAAGGACUUUGCCAUCAAGGCUCUGAUGAUCUUCCAGGAGGACAUCCCCGACUUCAAGGCUCAGGUCAGCGCCCUCACCCUCCUCAUCUCCACCCUCAACUCUCUCGCUCUUCCAGACGUCGAGACCUACGAAACCCUUGCCGGUCAGACCAUCAAGCAGGCCACUCGUCUUUUGACACCAAACGAUCAAGCCAAGCUCAUCUCACUCUGCUCUCAUUUGUUCUGGGUCAAUCACGAGAACAGACAAUACCAAGAACAAAACUCAGUGCUCCAGGCUCUUAAGAAGUCAUUGGCCAUCAUCACCAACGAGUCCAACGCUGGCUUGGGAGUGUUUGUUGAUAUUUUGAAUGAGUGUCUCUACUUCUACGACAACAACUCCAAUGCCGUCCCAGCUCAAUUCAUCAGCAACCUGGUCGAGUUGAUCCGCACCACUCACAGCAAGGAGGGCGACUCUGCUUCCGUCUACCUGCAGAACACCAUUAAGUACAUCACUGCCAAGAAGGAGUCCAACCCCAACUACUCAGAGAUCACAAUCUAA